AUGUCAACACCGUACGUUGGUCACCCAAAGUAUACGUACGAGCGAGACUUCCGUGGCUAUGGAGAAGGAGGCUUGAAAGAACUGAAAUGGCCCAAUGGCGCGAAGAUUGCUGUGAGCUUCGUGAUCAACUACGAAGAGGGUGGCGAACGCUCCGUCCUCUCCGGCGACAGCACCUCCGAAUCACACUUGACGGAGAACCCCUCCCGCGCACCCACAGUAAACGAGCGCAACUACAACGUCGAAUCAGAGUACGAGUACGGCAGCCGCGCAGGCUUUUGGCGCCUGUUCCGACUCUUCAACAAAUACCACAUGAAAUUCACACUCUAUGCCGUUGCCCAGGCCGUCGAAAAGGUCCCCGAGGUGGUUACGAGGUGUGUGGAUAUGGGCCAUGAUGUGGCGAGUCAUGCGUAUAGAUGGUUGGAUUAUCAUGCUUUCGGUGUGGAGGAGGAGAGGGAGUAUAUCAAGAAGGCGAUUGUUACGUUGAAGACUUUGGCGGGGUAUGCGCCGAAGGGGUGGUAUUAUGGACGCAAUUCUCCGCAGAGUAGGACGCUUGUGCCGCAGGUCUACGGGGAGAUGGGAGAGGAGCUCGUUUGGAUGUCCGAUACCUAUGCGGAUGAUGUGCCGUAUUGGAGCGAUCGGGCUGAUGAAAGGGAGAAGCCCGAUCCCAAAGGGUUGUUGAUGGUCCCGUAUUCCUACGACUGCAAUGACUUCAAGUUCCACGUCGCAGGCAGUGGCUUCAGAGAUCCCAACGGGUUCUACACACACUUGAAGAACGCAUUCGACACGCUGUACGAGGAAGGUCAAGACGGGACGCCAAAAAUGAUGACGGUAGGAUUGCAUUGCCGGAUCAUUGGGAGGCCCGGGAGAUUCAAGGCGUUAAAGGAUUUCGUAGAUUAUAUCAGUACGAAGAAUGGAGUGUGGGUGGCGACGAGGACCGAGAUUGCACAGGCUUUUGCUGAGCAGUUCCCGUAUCAGCGAGGAUAUUUGGCGAAGACAAAGGAGUCAUGUUAG